AGACAGUAAGGAGAGCUUGAAGUCAGUACUCCUCCAAUGAGAAGCUAAAACACCCACUGCUCUUGCUUCGAUUUGUGGGAAUCCCGGCGGAAUUUUGGAUUUAUUUAAAAACAUGGGAUUUGAGUUGGAUCGGUUUAAAGGGGCUGUGGACCCAGAUUUUAAAUGUAAUUUGUGUAAUAAAGUUCUAGAAGACCCGCUCACUACUCCGUGUGGUCACGUCUUCUGCGCUGGCUGUGUGCUGCCUUGGGUUGUCCAGCAAAGCAGCUGCCCCGUCAAAUGUCAAAGGAUCUCCACGAAAGAGCUGAACCACGUUCUCCCUCUGAAAAACCUGAUUAUGAAGCUGGACAUAAAGUGUGACAAUCAUGCCAGAGGCUGUGAAAAAGUGGUAAAGCUGCAACAUCUGGCAGAGCACGCCGAGAUGUGCGAUUACUCGCCGGCAAAAUGCAGGAAUAAAGGAUGCAACGAGGUGCUCAAUCUGAAGGACAUGGAUGCACAUAUGCGCGAAUCGUGUGAUUGCAGACCGGUCGGGAUAUGCGAAAAUGGAUGUGGCUUGAUGCUCACCCACAAAGAGCAAAAACUAGACACCCAUUGCUGUUUGAAAGCCCUGAAAGCACACAACAGUGCAUUGCACGUGAAGGUGGUCAGCUUGGACAAAGAGUUCAAGAAGCAAUCUUUGAAAUCGAGCAAAAGAGAGAAAUCUCUUCUUGCUCAACUCUCUGCUGUGCAUAAUGAGCUACAAAUGACAGCACUGAAGUAUCAGAAGAAAUUCACUGAAUACAGUGCAAGGAUCGACUCGCUGACUAAGACCCUUGCCCCCCCGUGCAAGGGUGGGGAGACCAAAAACAUCACAGCCAUCCUUCAUCGGGAGGGCGGUUCUCUGGGCUUCAACAUCGUGGGAGGACGACCAUGUGCGAACCAUACAUCAAGCUCAACCCAAAGAGAGUCCAGAGGAUACAGUCAACUUGCUCGCAGUGUUUUUAAGGCUCCGGAUGAAUUCAUAAAGAGGUCACCAAAUCCUCUACAAGAAACGAUUGAUUCGAACGGAAAUAACAUAGAGGCUUUGCAGCUUUUGACACAUGGCAUUUUCAUCCUUGACUGGGGUUGAUAUGAUGGGGAGGCCAGGAUGGGUUGGAUCGCCAGGAUAACUAUGAUUAAGGGCUGGCCUUUGUAGAAAAUAGAGGGUCUAAAUGCUGGGGGAUUCAUGGCAAAGCAUCGGGCCUCUCACACUGCCCUGUUGUGACAUUCCGUUGGCACUCCGGGCCAUUUUUUUGGGUGCAUCGUGUUGGUUUCACAGUAAACACUGUGCUGUGAUGAGCUCGGAUAAAAGAGGAAGCAGACCUGAAAUAAUGAAUUACAGCAUUCACAGCUUGAUUUCUGAGGUUUCUUUAAGUAUUCCAUAAAAAUAUAGCACAGUAUUGCACGACUUGGCAGAGGUGCGGGUUGGAUUGAUGUGGUUUUAAGAGGAGCUGAGAUGGAUGUUGGCAGUGGUUUUGUUAAGCCAAUCAUAGCUUUUUCAACUCAGGGGUCACAGCCUCACCGAUGGACGCAGAGUGUACCCAUCCAACACAUCCAUUCAACAUUUAGCCCCUCUAAGGGGAUGGGUCGUAGUUGCAAUCUCCAGCCCUGGGAAACAUGUCAACUGGCAGGCCAUUUUGGCACUGGGGUUGUGUGGACCACAAUAUUAAGCCCUGUGUAAUGUGCACCUGCAACCCACUAGUGAGUCACUGCGGGCUGUUGAUCCAUGCGGUUAAUCGCUGGGUUAAUCCAGGCUGCGUUGAUGACUGUGGUUGUGUUCAAAUGUGACUGCAGGGUGUCUCUGACCCUGAUUGGUGAGAAUGGGUAAUGGGGAAACCAUUUAGAAUUGUCUGCAUAUUAUCCUGAGGACCUUUGGAAGUAGGUUAGGCAGUUUUAGCAAGAGACUUGUUUAAUAUUUUAAAGAUCUUAUUUUUUCUGAAGAAUUUGAAGUCGAUUAUCAUGUAUUUUAGUUUAAUUUUUUUUAAAUGUAGUCAUCUUCAAUGAUUUCUUAUCCAAUUUGAUCCAUGUGUAAUCUGAGAUAGUUUCUCCCACAGGACGACCAUGAUGGCCCUUCAAAUGAAGGGAUCUUUGUAUCUAAGAUUGUUGAGAACGGACCAGCAGACAAGGAGGGAGGCCUUCAGAUCCACGACAGAAUAAUGGAGGUGAAUGGGAAGGACCUUUCCAAGGCCACCCAUGACCAGGCAGUGGAGGCCUUCCGCACAGCCAAGGAGCCCAUCAUGGUCCAGGUACUUCGCCGGGCCCCCCGCCCCAAACCCUCCAGCCCUGCCUCAGACACCCAGGUGGUGGACAUCAGCACCCAGACAGACAUCACCUUCCAACACAUCAUGGCCCUCACCAAGCUGCCUGCCGCCGCCCCCACCGUGGCUGUGUUGGAGCAAUACCUCAUGCCCGAGGAGCAUUCCCCCGGGCACGAGUACUUUGACCCCAAUGAUUUCCUGGAGGGUAUGCAGCAGGAGAUGGAGCGAGAGGAGCUGGAAUAUGAGGAAGUGGAUUUAUACAGAGCCAACAUCCAGGACAAGCUUGGGUUGACCGUCUGCUACAGGACUGAUGAUGAGGACGAGACUGGGAUCUACGUCAGUGAGAUUGACCCAAACAGCAUCGCUGCAAAGGAUGGCAGGAUCAGAGAGGGAGAUAGAAUUAUCCAGAUCAACGGGAUUGAGAUCCAGAACCGGGAGGAUGCUGUGGCUUUGUUGACCAGUGAGGAGAAUCAGAAUGUGUGUCUACUGGUGGCCAGACCAGAGAUCCAGCUGGAUGAGGGCUGGAUGGAUGAUGACAGGAAUGACUUCCUGGAUGACCUCCACAUGGACAUGCUGGAGCAGCAGCACCACCAGGCCAUGCAAUUCACCGCCAGCAUGCUGCAGCAGAAGAAGCGUGAGGAGGAUGGUGGAACGACUGACACAGCCACCCUGUUGUCCAAUCACCACGAGAAAGACAGCGGGGUGGGCCGCACCGACGAGAGCACACGCAACGACGAGAGCUCUGAGCAGGAGAACCUGGGGGACGACCAGACUGCGGCCUCCAACACGCUGGGCAGCUGCAGCCGCAGGAAGCUGGCCUACAGCCAGGACACCCUGGGAAGCAUUGACCUGCCCUUCAGUGGUGAGUCCUUCAUCUCUGCAGACUACGACCACGCUGACUUCCUGGGUAUCCCCGCCGACGAGUGUGAGCGCUUCCGAGAGCUCCUGGAGCUGAAGUGCCAGGUGAGGAGCGCGGGGGGCCCCCAGGAGCUGUAUUGCCAGAGUGCAGGGGCUAGAGGUGCCGAAGAGGGGGUGGACAAGGAGCUGGAGCUGUUGAACGAGGAGCUGCGCAGCAUUGAGCUGGAGUGCCUCAACAUCGUCCGGGCCCACAAGAUGCAGCAGCUGAGGGAGCAGUACCGCGAGUCCUGGAUGCUGCACAACAGCGGCUUCCACAACUACAACACCAGCAUCGACGCGCGCCGCCAUGAGCUCUCUGACAUCACAGAGCUGCCCGAGAAGUCAGACAAGGACAGCUCCAGCGCCUACAACACCGGUGAGAGCUGCCGCAGCACCCCCCUCACCCUAGAGCUGUCCCCAGACAACUCCCUUCGCAGGGGGGCAGAGAACCAGGGCGAGUCUGGGGCCUCCAGCAGCGCAGGGCCCAACAGCAGGAUCCUCAAGCCUCUGCUGUCUCCUGUCCAGGAGGCUGGUGGCCCCAGCAGAAUCAGGCCCUCCUCCUCUAAGGAGUCUGAGUGUGGCCUGCAGGCGGAGGGGAAGGAGCGUAAGCUGGGAGAGUCUACACACAAGCUGGCCCAGCCCCGCUCCCUGUACAAACACGCCCACAUCCCGGCCCACGCCCAGCACUACCAAAGCUACAUGCAGCUGAUCCAGCAGAAGUCUGCCGUGGAGUACGCCCAGAGCCAGAUGAGCCUGGUCAGUCUGGUCAGCCGCGGUGACCCCGUGAACCCCGAAGACAUGCUGGAUCCCAAGAUGGAGUGGAAGGUGAAGAUCCGCAGCGACGGCACGCGCUACAUCACCAAGAGGCCCGUCAGGGACAAGCUGCUGAAGGAGCGCGCCCUGCGUAUCCACGAGGAACGCAGCGGCAUGACCACAGACGACGACGCCAUCAGUGAGCUGAAGAUGGGGCGGUACUGGAGCAAGGGGGAGAGGAAGCAGCACGCGGUGCGCGCCAAGGAGCAGAGGCAGCGGCGCGAGUUCAUGAAGCAGAGCCGCGCCGACUGCCUGAAGGAACAGGCCAGCCUGGACGAUGACAAGAAGGAGCCCAACAUCAUUGAACUGAGCCACAAAAAGAUGAUGAAAAAGAGGAACAAGAAAAUCUUUGACAAUUGGAUGACUAUCCAGGAACUUUUGACCCACGGUGCUAAGUCGCCUGACGGCACGCGAGUGUACAACUCCCUCCUGUCCGUCACCACAGUGUAGUAGGCAGACAAGACAGGCCUGCGGUGUAAUGUACUGUAAAUAAUAGGACACUACGGAUUGGGGUACAGUUUCCUGCCUCGUUCAAUGUGGCAACAUUUUGUUAAUAUGAAACAGGAAAAGCCUUUUCUAAAUGAACUUUUGACCCCUACAGGCGGUUGGGAGAUGCUCCACAGAGUGUUCCACGGAUCGACUUUGAAGAUGAUUGACAUGAUAAGGAUGAUUAUCAGACUGUUUUCAAAUGCUUUCAGUAACUUUUCUACCUUUGUGCUUGCUCUUGGGGCAGCAGGUAGCCUAGUGGUUAAGAGCGUUGGGCCAGUAACCUAAAGGUUGCUGGUUUGAAUCCCAGAGCCAACUAGGUGAAAAAUCUGCCGACAUGCCCUGGAGCAAGACACUUAACCCUAAUUUCUCCUGUAAGUCGCUCUGGAUAAGAGUGUCUGCUCAACUGUAAACUCUUUUGAAUAAUAUUGAUAGUGUUUCACAACAAUAUUUUGGUUUUGGAAGGUUUUGAAAGUGUGUAAAGACUGUGCCAUUAAGUAAACAGCAGCCAACAUUUACAUAUUUUUUUGAUUUUAUUUCAAGUAUCUCUUAUCAGUAUUUUACUGUUAUGCAUACCUUUUGCUUAUUGAAAGAAAUAUUUAGCUUCAAGGUCAACACAUAAUCCUGAGAGGACUUUUGUAAAUGUAACUAAAACCUCCUCGUUCUCUGCAAACAAAACACUUCCGUUAUUGACGAUCUGAAAGGGGGCUGUUUUUCAAAAGUUAUACAUCCAGUGUGUAUCGUCUGUUACAUAUUCCACCUUCGCGUAUGUAUCAGGAUAGAGCAGAUCAUUUGUUGAAAUCAGAAUCUUUCCUUUUUGUUUUUAAGAGCACAGUGUAGUUGUCUUUACCUUUUGUAAGCCUCCAAAUAGCACGGCUUAACAAACCCUUAAUUAGGUACCCAAUUUGAUGUCUUGUAAAAUGAGAGAAAUAAUAAAUUAUUGUUUUAUAUUUGAUGAGCUUUAAAA